CAUUCUCGUGAAUGGGUUUCCAACAGAAAAUUAUGAUUGUAUAUAAACAAAAAUAAAAAAUGUUCAUCUUUCAUCCAUCUACACUCUACAGUCACAACUCACAACUUACAUAAUUUUGGCCAUGGAAUCUAUUAAAGAACAAGUCAUUUAUGUGGAUAGUCGUAGAUUAUUGACAAUAAUUCAUUGUUCUUAGUCACGGCAUUAAUGCUUAUUAAGACAAAACGAAAGAGGGAGAUAUGAAACAAUUCACGAGACUUUUUAGGAAAUUCCUAGAAACGACACAAAAGCGAAACGCAACUCAUAGUACAAAUAAUGCGAAGUGGACAUUGUCCAGACUAAAAGAUAAUGCCUUCGGAAAAUACUUGCUGCUAACGAAUACAUUAAGUUCUGGGUUUCUUAUGGUAGCUGGAGAUCAAAUGUCCCAGGAGAUCGAGUACCAGCGAGACAACUCGAAAAAACGGUUCGACUAUGAACGAUCAGCAAAAAUGUUUGUUGUUGGAGCCAUUCAGGGACCCAUUAACCAUUUUUUCUAUGGAUGGAUGGAUCGAGUAAUUAAAGUCGUUAAUUUGAAAAAUGUAUCGAAGAAAAUUGUUUUGGAUCAAUUGAUCAUGUCACCAGUUUGUAUCUUAGCAUUUUUCUAUUCAGCUGGUAUGUUAGAAGGACAGAGUGCAAGUGCAUGCACUGACGAGCUUAAGUCGAAAUUUUUAACCGUAUAUAGGGCUGAUUGGGCAGUGUGGCCGAUUACUCAAUUCAUUAACUUUUACUACCUCCACCCGAAAUACAGGGUGAUUUAUGUAAACUUUGUUACGAUGUUGUAUAAUGUAUUUUUGUCUUACAUUAAGCAUGACGAAAGUUAUCCGGUUACCACGGAAAUGUGAACAAAGAAUCUAGUCCCUCGUUCGAAUGUGUUAUGUGGGUAAAUUAUUUAUUUUGUUUUGAGGUGGAUGCUCAAAUAUUUAUUUUGUUUUUUUUAUUGUUAUAUGUUGAUAAGUAGUACACA